UUCGUGAGAACUAUAUGAGCAUCAGAACGCAAUGUUUUCGUUUAGUAGUGGCUCAGGUUGAGACGGGGAGUAGUUGUUAUCAAAUAUUGAUUAUUUUGCUAAAUUAUAGGAACAUGCUUUGUGCAAGGUUUAUAAGGCAAUUUAAGUUGCCAAUAAUUAGACGAUUAAAUUCUAAUUCUAUGAAGGACAAUAAACCUGUAAAUAACAACAAAACAUCAGAACCUAUUCCUGAACAACUUGAGGAAUCUGUUAUAGGAACACAGAUGCACUAUGUGACUAAUUUUGAUAGACGAGUACUAGUAUGGAUGAAACGUUAUCCCAGUAUGGAUCAAGUUCCACGGAGAGUAGCAUGGAGUACUAUGCAACAGGCAAAUACACGGGCAAGAAUUCGUAUAUGCAAUUAUAUGAUAGUGGUAGUAAUAAUUGGUUUCAUAAUAUCUUGUAUGAGUGGAAAAAAGGAAGCAGCAGGUGGAAGACAUAUAAUAUCGGACAGAAUGAAUUGGUAUAACGAAGUAAGAGAAAAGGGAAGAAUUGAAAGGGAAGCUAAGGCUGCAGCUGAAGCUGCUGAAGCUGCUGCAAAAACAUGAAGCAGUAUGAAUACAUAUAUGUCUUUCAAUAAGUAUGACCCAUUUGUUAUGGAUGUAGAAUAAUAUAAUUUCAUAACAGUGAUAAAAAUACUGUCUUGAAAGCUUUAUAAUUCAAUUUAGUCUAACAUUAUAGUAUUUUUGAAACAGCAAUAGUACUUUUGGUUAUGUAUUUUUGUAAAAUUUGUUUAACAUUAGUAUACAUACAAUACAAAUUGUAUAGCAAUGUAAAAUUUUA